CCUGCUUGGGCCACUCCCCUCCUCAGAAGGCCAGUUUUCCGCUUACUACGCUGGGAAGACCAGUUUAUCUACCAGUGGUUUUGCCCUUCUAUUCAACAUCAUCAACUUCCCAGUCCCCUUGAUGAGAACAGCCAUUUGGCCCUUAGUUACAGAUGGAGAAAACAGAGGCACAGAGUAAUGAUGUAAUUGGCCACACAGCACGUCUGUUAGAGCUGUCACUUGGACCCGCAUCUGUCUGGUCCUAAAGAACAAAAUCGAGGAAGUGAAGUUUGUCGGUGCUCACUUCCCCUGCGGUCCAGAGACGACUGGAAUGGACUCAGUCCUGGCUCAACUUGCUCGUGCUGGAGAAACUGAGACCUAGAGGGGCCGUGUGCUGCCCAGGCACUCGCGCAGCCUGCCAGAGGCCGUCGGGCUUGAGGCUGGGUGAAAGUACGACAGGACGGGAGGUCUGCGCUGGGCAGGACCUGGGUGCUGUCCCGGGGGGAGCGGGUAGGGGGGGUCCCCAGCUCUCUCAGGUGGGGCGGAUCAUCUACCCUCGGGGGCGGGGUCUCCGAUCAGGCUCCGCCCCGCCUCGCCCGCCCAGCGAGCGGCUGCCGCGGGAAUCCAGUUUCCGAGGAACUUUUCGAGGGCGCUAGGCCGCCUCCGAGGCCCGGCAGGACGCGAGCGCGCGCCGGGCGGCGGCUGCGGGCCGGUACCGCGGCGCUCCCGGGAAGCGCCUGAGGGUGCGGCGCCAUGGACGAGCUGCCUUUCUGCGAGGCGGCUCUGGAGCAGGAGCUGGCCGAGCUUAGCGAGGUGGACGCGGCGCUGCUGACCGACAUCGAAGGUGAAGUUGUCCUCGGUCAGGGCCAGCAGCCUGGAUGCCCCGAGGGGGCGGAGGGCGCAGACCACGGAACCAUGGAUUGCACAUUCGAAGACAUGCUUCAACUUCUCAACAAUCAAGACAGCGACUUUCCCGGCCUCUUUGAUCCACCCUAUGCAGGGGGUGGGGCCGGGGGUCCAGACCCCAGCAGCCCUGGCCCCAGCUCCCCAGGCACCUUGUCCCCACCUCCUGCUGCUCUGAGCUCCCCUCUGGAAGCCUUGCUGGGGGCGCCUAAGUCAACAUCCCCACCCUUGUCCCCUCCCCAGUCUUCACCCGCCCCACUGAAGAUGUACCCAUCUGUACCCCCCUUUUCCCCAGGGCCUGGUAUCAAAGAAGAGCCAGUGCCGUUAACCAUCUUGCAGCCUUCUCCCACCCCACAGCCCCUUCCAGGGACCCUCCUGCCCCAGAGCUUCUCAGCCCCAGCCCCAUCCCCAUCCCCAGCCCCAGCCCCAGCCCCAGGUCCAGCCCCCUCUCAGUUCAGCUCUGCCCCAGUUUUGAGCUACUCUAGUCCUCCUGGCAGCUUCUCCACAGGGCCCCUUCCAGCCAGUGCCCAGCCACCGCUCCCUGGCCUGCCUCUGGCUUCCACACCUGGAGGCCAGCCCGUGUCCAUGAACACUCAGGUGCAGGGUGCAGCUGCCCCGCAGCUAUUGACAGCCACAGCAGCUCCUGGAGCAACCACGGUGACCUCGCAGAUCCAGCAGGUUCCGGUCCUGCUGCAGCCUCACUUCAUCAAGGCAGAUUCGCUGCUGCUCACAACCAUGAAGACGGACGUAGGGGCCACUGUGAAGACGGCGGGCAUCGGUGCCCUGGCCCCUGGUGCCACUGUGCAGGCAGGGCCCUUGCAGACCCUGGUGAGUGGUGGAACCAUCCUGGCUACAGUGCCGCUGGUUGUGGAUACUGACAAGCUGCCCAUCAACCGGCUGGCAGCUGGCAAGGGCCCAGGCUCAGCUCAGAGUCGCGGUGAGAAGCGCACGGCCCAUAAUGCCAUCGAGAAGCGCUACCGCUCCUCCAUUAACGACAAGAUCGUAGAGCUCAAGGACCUGGUGGUGGGCACUGAAGCGAAGCUGAAUAAAUCUGCUGUCUUGCGCAAGGCCAUAGACUACAUCCGCUUCUUACAACACAGCAACCAGAAACUAAAGCAGGAAAAUCUGAGUCUUCGAACUGCUGCCCACAAAAGCAAGUCGCUGAAGGAUCUGGUGUCCACUUGUGGCAAUGGAGGAAGCACAGAUGUGCCCAUGGACGGCCUGAAGCCCGAGGUGAUGGACACGCUGACACCCCCGCCCUCAGAUGCCGGCUCACCCUCCCAGAGCAGCCCUCUGUCCCGUGGCAGUGGUGGCAGUGGCAGUGGCAGUGACUCCGAGCCCGACAGCCCAGUCUUCGAGGACAGUCAGGUGAAGCCCGAGCAGUUGUCGUCCUCCCACAGCCGGGGCAUGCUGGAUCGUUCCCGCUUAGCUCUGUGUGCUCUGGUCUUCCUCUGUCUGUCUUGUAACCCCCUGGCCUCCCUGCUGGGCAGCCUCUCUGAUGCCACCCACGUCCACCACGGUCCUGGGCGUAGCAUGCUGGAGAUUGAAGGCAGAGAUGGCACUGAUUGGGUGCCAUGGCUGCUGCCCCCGCUGGUCUGGCUGGCCAAUGGGCUACUGGUGCUGGUCUCCUUGGCAUUUCUCUUCAUCUACGGGGAACCGGUGACACGGCCCCACUCUGGCCCCGCUGUGCACUUCUGGAGACACCGAAAACAAGCUGACCUGGACCUGGCUCGGGGGGACUUCGCCCAGGCCGCCCAGCAGCUGUGGCUGGCUCUGGGAGCUCUGGGCCGGCCGCUGCCCACCUCCCACCUGGACCUGGCCUGCAGCCUGCUCUGGAACCUCAUCCGCCACCUGUUGCAGCGCCUCUGGGUGGGCCGAUGGCUAGCAGGCCGGGCCGGGGGCCUGCAGAGGGACUGCACCCUGAGAGCAGAUGUGCGUGCCAGUGCCAGGGACGCGGCCCUUGUCUACCAUAAGCUGCACCAGCUGCAUGCCAUGGGGAAGUACACAGGCGGGCACCUCACUGCUACCAAUCUAGCACUGAGUGCCCUGAACCUGGCCGAGUGUGCCGGGGACGCUGUGUCCAUGGCGACACUGGCAGAGAUCUAUGUGGCAGCAGCCCUGAGGGUCAAGACCAGUCUCCCAAGGGCCCUGCACUUCCUGACGCGCUUCUUCCUGAGUAGUGCUCGCCAGGCCUGCCUAGCACAGAGUGGUUCCAUGCCUCUCGCCAUGCAGUGGCUCUGCCACCCUGUGGGCCACCGUUUCUUCGUGGAUGGGGACUGGGCCGUGCGCAGCACCCCACGGGAGAGCCUCUACAGCUUGGCCGGAAACCCAGUGGAUCCCCUGGCCCGGGUGACUCAGAUGUUCCGUGAGCAUCUCUUGGAGCGAGCGCUGAACUGUGUGGCCCAGCCCAGCCCAAGCUCCAGCCCCAGCCCAGGGUCAGCAGAUGGGGACAGGGAAUUCUCAGAUGCCCUCGGGUACCUGCAGCUGCUGAACAGUUGCUCGGAUGCUGCUGGGGCUCCCGCUUGCAGCUUCUCCAUCAGCUCCAGCAUGGUUGCCACUACUGGUACCGACCCUGUGGCCAAGUGGUGGGCCUCGCUGACGGCUGUGGUGAUCCAUUGGCUGCAGCGGGAUGAGGAGGCGGCGGAGCGGCUGUACCCACUGGUGGAGCACCUGCCUCAAGCUCUGCAGGAGACCGAGAGACCCCUGCCCAAGGCUGCCCUGCACUCCUUCAAGGCUGCCCGAGCCCUGCUGGGCCGUGGGAAAACAGAGCCUGGUCCAACCAGCCUGGCCAUCUGUGAGAAGGCCAGUGGGUACCUGUGGGACAGUCUGGCCACUGCACCAACCAGCAGCUCCAUUGACAAGGCCAUGCAGCUGUUCCUGUGUGACCUGCUCCUUGUGGUACGCACUAGCCUGUGGCGGCAGCAACAGCCACUGGCCUCACCGCAGGCAGCCCCGGGCACCAGCAGCGGACCCCAGGCCUCUGCCCUGGAGCUGCGUGGCUUCCAAAGGGACCUGAGCAGCCUGCGGCGCCUGGCACAGAACUUCCGGCCUGCCAUGAGGAGGGUAUUCCUACAUGAGGCCACAGCACGGUUGAUGGCAGGAGCCAGCCCUGCCCGGACACACCAGCUCCUGGACCGCAGUCUGAGAAGGCGGGCAGGCCCCGGUGGCAAAGGAGGCGCGGCAGCGGAGCUGGAGCCCCGGCCCACGUGGCGGGAGCAUACUGAGGCCUUGCUGCUGGCCUCCUGCUACCUGCCUCCCGGCUUCCUGUCGGCUCCUGGACAGCGCGUGGGCAUGCUAGCCGAGGCCGCUCGCACGCUCGAGAAGCUCGGCGAUCGGCAGCUGCUGCAUGACUGCCAGCAGAUGCUCCUGCGCCUGGGCGGCGGGACCACUGUCACUAACAGCUAGAUUCUGGGCGGCAAGUCUUGGUCUCAGCAUCCUUGUUUCCGACGGGCUGCUUGAACUGCCCCUGCCGGGGGUGGGGGUAGGGGUUCGCGGGGCCCCUUAGGACCUCGGCCCCCAGCCGCCUCAGCCCUCUCCCCAGCCUGAAAGCGGCAGUCAGGAUGGUGGUGACCUCUGGUGGUCGAUCGUGGGAAUGCAGAGGCUCAGCGGUCUGCGUGCUCCGACUCGGCCCACAAUUCAGUGGGCCACUCCCUCCCCCAACCGGUGUAGGGGAGGGAGAGGCACCUUUCUCCCGCUGAGGAGGGCCUUGACCCAAGGCGCCUCUCUCCCUUCUGGAGGACUUGUACAUAGUGUAGAUUUUGGUGAGCCAGCAUCCUGGCUUCAGAGGCUCAUGUGCUACUUUGCCUUUUACAAACUUUUAUUUUCGUAGGUCGAGUUUUGUACAGAGAAUAAAUGAAAUUAUUUAUAA